UCUUCCUUCCUCUCGAGUCCUAAACAAGUGGAAGACGAGCCGAGCACUCGAUCCCAUCUUCCAAACCCAAACAAACGCGUCGCAUCAUUCCACCCAACUGUCUCAAUUAGCAGGAAGUAAAGAACACCUCAAGUUCAAGACAGGAAUCCGCGCUUUCCAGGUAAGGGGGUGGGGGAUGGGGUUUGUGAGCACGGCGUUGGGGCUCUGUGGGUUCGGCGUGGGGCUGUCGGCGGGGAUCGUCAUCGGAUACUUCCUCUUCAUCUACUUCCAGCCCUCCGAUGUCAAGGAUCCUAAAAUCCGUCCACUUGUUGAACAUGAUUCGAAAUCAUUGGAACAGAUGCUUCCUGAAAUUCCCCUGUGGGUGAAGAAUCCAGACUAUGAUCGAAUUGAUUGGUUAAAUAAGUUUCUAGAAAUGAUGUGGCCUUAUCUCAAUAAGGCUAUCUGCAGAACUGCAAAACAAAUUGCAGAUCCAAUAAUUGCUGACAAUACCGUAAAGUAUAAACUCGAUUCAGUUGAAUUUGAAACCUUCACUCUUGGUUCACUGCCACCUACUUUUCAAGGAAUGAAAGUGUACAUUACAGAAGAGAAGGAGCUCAUUAUGGAACCAUCACUGAAGUGGGCUGGGAACCCUAAUGUCGUCGUUGUUGUGAAAGCCUAUGGAUUAAAAUUGACUGCACAGGUGGUGGAUUUGCAAAUCUUUGCCACUCCACGCAUUACAUUAAAGCCGUUGGUCCCUAGCUUUCCUUGUUUUGCAAAAAUCUUGGUGUCUCUCAUGGACAAGCCACAUGUUGACUUUGGUCUAAAACUUUUGGGGGCUGAUCUUAUGGCAAUUCCUGGCCUUUAUAGAUUUGUUCAGGAAACAAUAAAAAAUCAGGUUGCAAAUAUGUACCUGUGGCCUAAAACACUAGAAGUGCCAGUUCUGGAUGUUUCAAAAGCCUCAAGGAAGCCUGUUGGAAUUCUUCAUUUGAAGGUUAUCAGAGCAUAUAAGUUAAAAAAGAAAGACCUAUUGGGGAAAUCAGACCCAUAUGUCAAACUGAAGCUUGGAGACGAUAAGCUUCCAUCAAAAAAGACAAGAGUGAAGCAUAGCAAUCUUAAUCCUGAGUGGAACGAGGAAUUUAAGUUUGUUAUCAGAGAUCCAGAAAAUCAAUUUGUUGAACUUAAUGUCUAUGACUGGGAACAGGUGGGGAAACAUGAAAAGAUGGGCAUGAACGUCAUUCGACUGAAUGAACUUGCCCCCGAUGAGCCAAAAACUCUGACACUCGACUUGCUUAAGAAUCUUGAGAGUAGAGAUGUUCAGAGUGACAAAUCACGUGGACAGAUUGUUGUGGAAGCGUUGUACAAACCUUUCAAGGAAAAAGAGGUACCAAAAGAUGUCGGUGAGAAUGCAGAUGAAGUAGAAAAAGCUCCUGAUGGUACACCAUCAGGCGGCGGUUUGCUUGUUGUUAUUGUUCAUGAAGCUAAAGAUCUUGAGGGCAAGCACCAUACAAACCCUUACGUGCGUGUCACCUUUCGAGGAGAGGAGAAGAAAACUAAACACAUAAAGAAAAACAGAGAUCCAAGAUGGGAGGAAGAGUUUCAGUUUGUAUGUGAGGAGCCUCCUAUCAAUGAUAAAAUGCAUGUGGAAGUACUCAGUAGGGCACCAAGUAUUGGCAUACACCCUAAGGAAAGUUUGGGAUAUGUUACCAUUAGCCUCACAGAUGUGGUGAACAACAAGAGAACCAAUGAGACAUAUCAUCUCAUCGACUCCAAAAAUGGUCGAAUUCAAAUAGAACUGCAGUGGAGGACUUCUUAGAGCUAUCUAAUGAACAAAUCCCAGCAUGGGAAGAGAUUGUACUUACUGAAUCAGAUGCAACAAUGAUAAAGGUGGAAACCUGUUUGAUAUUUCAUAAAAGAAUCUCUGUUCUUACAAAGUUCCUUUCUUUUCAAUACAUAAUAAUGUUUGAAUUUUUGUGGUAUAAGAUUUAAAGAUAGAAAAUCAUCUUUGGAUUAUAUGGAAGAAGAAGAAGAAGAAGAAGAAAAAUCAUCUUUACAGGUA